AUGUCUAAAAUCGAAAGAAUACUUGAGGACUCGUUUAAGGUCGAACUGCUCACUCCGAUUACCUUUUUGCGCGGUGUUGCCGCCAGCAGGAACGUCUACGCCAAGCUGAGCGGGGGCAUGGUGAUUUUCUACGAAGAUGUCAACGAGGAGCUUAACUUCCUCCAGAACUGGAGAGUUGACGACUUGGGUUCUGUUGACAUUCACACCACGGAAAAACUGUUCACAGCUUAUCGCCUUCGACAAGAACGGGGUAUAAAGCAGUCGGACAUUGACAAAAACCACGCAGCCGCCGAGGAGGAAUUUUUCCAAAGGGAGAUGAUGGUAAGCGUCUAUGGCGUUUACAUGAUUGCAAAGCUCAUCUCCGAACGGGAUAAGAAGCACGAGCUGCCCUCCGAGAAAGAGGUGUCCGCACUUUUGGAGUGGCUUGAACUGGAAACAAUUUUCACAGUUGAGGAGUUUUUUGACGUUCUGGCUGAUGAGUUCCGUUUUUGCACGGAUAACAUCAUGAAGGUGUUUACCAAGAAGAACGCCGAGCUUUUCGGACUUGCCAUCCAGCACCGAGUAAUGCUCUACGCGCUAAACCCCUUCGAGGAGAACGCGAAAUUCAUCAAGGCGAAGCACAUUUCGUCCAUACCAUACUUGGAGGACGGCACAAUCAAAAAAAUAGAGUUCGGCGCGGUCGUGCUUGUUGGUGUGCAGGGCGGCGUGAUUUCAGAAGAAGUGUUUAUCGAUGUGCUGCACCAUCUGAGCCUAAUGAUGAAAAGCGGAAAGCUUGCACUGGUUCACCGCAGCCAAAGUGAGGAUGGCGACGAGGACGAGGGCGACGAUGAUGAGGAGCUUGACGAGAGUGAAACCGAGAAGAAACCCAAGCGGAAGUCGAAAAAGAAAAACGAGCCAUUCCAUCUGACUGGGCGCACGGAACUCAACAAAUACUUCAACGACAACGUAAUCGAUGUGGUCGAGAACGAGGAAACUGCCCUCCCGGCAGCGGCAAAACCUACGCGGCAGAACGCUUGGCAGAAUACCUCGACUGGAAAACCUAUCAACAUCAACUCAUCUUCUGUCGGCAGCUCACUCAUUCACGAGACUGCCAAGAAAACCGAGGAGAUGUUCAAAAAGGCGAAGCGCACAGCACCGUCUGUCGUCAUCAUUGAUGAAAUGGAUGCCUUCAUGCCAGACAGAAAGCGCGUGAGGAACGCCGACAGCCAUGCAAUCGAGGAAGUGUCGUCAUUCCUGCGCUGCUUGCAGCGUGCCACCGACAACAAGAUACUUGUAAUCGGCACGACAAACUUUAUCGAGAACAUCGACCCAGCCAUUCUCCGCAGCGGAAGAAUGGGGAAACACCUAAAGGUCGAGAUGCCCAACGAGGAUGAAAUUACCGAGGUGCUGGAGCUGGAGGUGAACAAGCGACCGCACGGAAAAAUCAACCUUAGGAAUUACGCGAAAAAACUCACGGACAAGCCCCUGUCGGAUGUCGUGGCCGCCGUUAGGAACGCUUCUAUGAUUGCCGCCAAGCGGCGUGCGAAGCAGCUUUCCACGGAAGAUAUGGACAAGGGAAUUGACGAGCUUCUUGAGAGUUCUAAGAAAGAGGAAACAAAGUCUAUCGGCUUUGUCAGCUAA